CUUCCCUUCCGAUACCAUCCAGUCUCGUCCGCUACCCAGUACACCAACCCACGCUCAAUCGCCGGAUAUCGCUGGAUGGAACUCUACUGAGGAUGUCUGCGGUGGUGACGAGCAUGAUCCCGAUCUCUUUGUGGUCCUCUACGACUUCAACGGCGGUGUCGAGAACCAGCUCACUGUCCGAAAGGGUGAUCAUGUCCGUAUCCUCGGCUACAACAAGGGUGGAGAGUGGUGCGAGGCCAAGAAACUCAAGAACGGCAAGACGGGCUGGGUGCCCGUGACAUACGUCACCCCUUUCAACAGCCUCGAGAAGCACUCCUGGUACCACGGUCCCAUCUCUCGCAAUGCGGCGGAAUAUCUCCUCAGCAGCGGUAUCGAUGGCAGCUUCCUGGUUCGGGACAGUGAAAGCAGCCCCGGUCAUAGGUCAAUAUCCCUCCGCUUCGAUGGCCGGGUGUACCACUAUAGAAUUAGCAGUGGGUCGGAUGGAAAGGUAUUUGUCACGACAGAGAGCAAGUUCAGUACCAUCGCCGAGCUGGUCCACCACCACUGCAAGCAGUCGGACGGUCUGAUCACGACGCUGCGAUACCCCGCGGCCAAGAUGCAAAAGCCCAUCAUCUACGGGGUGUCGCCACUGCCAGACGAGUGGGAGAUCGAGAGGACGGAUAUCUCGAUGAAGAACAAGCUAGGAGGGGGACAGUACGGGGAGGUUUACGAGGCCAUCUGGAAGAAACAUAACAAGAUUGUUGCAGUCAAAACACUCAGGGAGGAGAAUAUGAGAGUGGAUGAGUUCCUAAGAGAAGCAUCCGUGAUGAAAAACAUCAAGCAUCCGAACUUGGUUCAGUUAUUAGGUGUAUGCACGAGAGAGCCCCCGUUCUACAUCGUGACGGAAUUCAUGCCCUAUGGUAACCUCUUGGAGUACUUGAGAGAUAACGAUGAGACUUCGCUGCCUGCUGUCACGUUGCUUUACAUGGCGACACAAGUUGCGUUUGGCAUGAGCUACUUGGAGAAAAAUAGUUUCAUCCAUAGAGAUUUAGCAGCAAGGAACUGCCUAUUGGGUGAGCACCACCUACUCAAAGUAGCAGACUUUGGUCUCGCCAGGAUGGUCCAGGGGGAGAUCUACACGGCUCAGGCCGGUGCCAAGUUCCCCAUCAAGUGGACCGCUCCAGAGAGUCUGGCCUACUACAAGUUCUCAAGCAAGUCCGACGUAUGGGCCUUUGGGAUCCUGCUCUGGGAGAUUGCAACGUACGGAUGUUCCCCGUACCCUGGGGUGGAUCUCCAGCACGUCUACGGCAAACUUGAGCAGGGUUACAGGAUGGAGAGACCAGAAGGCUGCCCGACAGACGUCUACAAGCUCAUGCUCAAGUGCUGGGAGUGGAGGCCCACCGAGAGGCCCUCGUUCACUGAAAUUCAUGAGGAGAUGAACAACAUGUUCCAGAACAGCAGUAUCAGCGAAGAGGUGGAGAAGUCCCUUCACAGACGUGGCAAGGAUCCACCUACCCUCCCGGCUAAGAAGAAGAGCAUCAGGCGAGGGCAGCAGACUAAUGAGAACGAGCCUCCGAGAGGCAAGGAAGCUCACACGAUUGUCGAUACAGUAAAAACGUCAUCGCCACCGGCAUCCCCUGAGGUUUCAAGAAAGAAGCCAGCUUUCAUGAAGAAUCUUCGCAAGAAAGACACGCCCAAGAGAAAAGAUCAGGAGCGGCGGAACAGUUUGUCAGCCGAAGAUGAGCUGAAGCUUCUUUCCAGAGACCACCACAUGGACCACAAGAACUCCCCAAGCCAUCGGAAAGAGAACGGAGUUCCCAAAAUGCUUGGUGAUAUCGUUGGACAUGAAUUGAAUUGUGUACUGCCUGGGACUUCGCCUCCGGGUAAUAGUGGCUCGGAUGGCGUACAUGACGGCUUUAACUCGGGCUUUAGCCCUCGGACAGCUCUAAGGCCGCCUGGUAGUGGAUUCGGGGGAGGGGAUGGGAAGAAGGCGAAGCCGUUGAGAAUACCUAAAGAACCUAGAAUAGAGAAAAAACCUAGUCUAGAGAAUAUCGCAGAUGCUAAUGAAUCGUACCCAAUCCCCAGAUCGCCCUCGAGUCCAACGUUAGAUCGUAGAAACAAGAACCCUGUUAUAAGAGAAGGAAAUGGAGAGGUGCAUGGACAUAUGGUAGGAAAACCUGCCUUUAAACCUCUUCCUGCAAAACCUAGUAAACCGACCAACUGGCCGGAAAAUGGUGGUCAUGACAGUUCAAAAGAGCCACUUGGGAAAACCAAGUCGCUACCAUUUUACCAAGAGCAAGGUGACCAAUUGGAAUCGCCGGACACGGACAAUUUCAAAGACCUGCCAACGUCUCCAACGGGUCGUAGUCGAGACAAACGAAAAGACAUUGUGAGACCGUCUGUCCCUCCUCCUGCCCCACCUCCUGCUAGAUUAGUUAGUCCUGUUGAAUCCCCAACCACCCCUAGCCCAAGGGGUUCCCCCUCGAGAUCGUUCUUGAACAGUAAACCUCAGAUUAAAGGGGCCAAACCCCAAAUCAAAGGACCAAAGCCAAUCAUUACCAGCCCCAAACCUGAAAUCACCAUCCCUAGGUCAUCGCCCAACGUGAGUCCUGGUGUCAAGUUACGGCCCGAGAAGCGUGGAUCGGCAAGAAAGCGUGGCAAUUCACCGAUCAAGAAUGAUUCUGCCGGACAGGGUGGAAAGGCAGAAGUCCUACAGAUGGCCGAAAUGCUGUACGCUCAGACAAACAUGCUCAUCCAGAACGGCGAAUACAGCAAAUAUAGCGGCGAACUUUGCACGGAGUUGGACAACUUCUUCAAGCAGUGCACCAAGCAUGUAGAUUCUGUCAUGGUCAAGGCACGCUUCUCGUUCCGGGAAAUUUUGAACUCUCUGGAGUCAAACACGACGUCGCUGAGAGUCCGUUGGUCUUCCGCUUCCAGCAGUGAACUGGAGAGAAUAGUUAAGGACUUGCAUACGAACGUGUCUGACAUUCGCGGCAUCGUUCUGCGGUAGCUCGACGGUGCAGCUCUUUGAUUGGACACGGCCAGUUGCAGCUCAAGUCGAUCACCUACCGAUGUCAUGUAUGGGUGACGAAUGGAAACACGGCCAGAAAUGGAAUUUCGUGUGAAAUGUUAUUUGUAGAUAAUUGAAAUGUUACACUACUGAUGCGAUCAUACUGCCCCUGUACUGGAAAAAAAAAAUCUUGCAUUUUUUUUCUCUUGACAUGCUGAUUAAGAUUUUGAUCAGGAAGUCUGCUGCUGAUUUUUGAUCUUACAUGUAUGUUGAAAAAUGCUACCGACAGAACUGUGUGACAUGACAACUCAAAGGUAUGUGAAGUAGGUGCAAAAUAUGGUAUGGAAUUCUGCAGAGUUCAUCGAUUGAUGUUAUUAUAUCAGCAUGUUAGUAACAUUACUCACACUUAAACUGAUUGUAUGCCCGACACUUAAUUUUUUAAUCUUUCAUUAGAAAUAUCAGAAUAUACCCAAAACAAUGUCGGAUAAAAAUGUGAAUGCUUUUAAUAGCUGCAUUAUGAAAAGCCAAUUGUCCUUCAUAUUCACAGCAUGUGGUCAUAAAGUCUGGUGGAAAAUCCAUUAGUAGGCUUAAUUAUACUAAUGCAGAUGUCGUUCAGAGUUCUUAUUCUUCUAACUUUCUGCUACAUUUAUGUUGACCUAUAUGUUGAUGUAGCUGGUGUUAAAUUGGCCACCAAUCUUCAGUGUUGGUGUUGGUGUUUGGAGUGCUUUAAAGGCUUCUGGACUGAACCCAAAGCAUUGAAUGAAUAUGUUGUCAACCUUUCAGAUACAGUAAUCUGUUAUUCCUCUAGGCCCCUAUUCCGAAGUCUUGGUCUGAUUAAGGCUAUGGUCUAACUGAUGUCCUGGGAAGCCGAAAAUGUUAAAAUUUGAUUAACGUUGUGUGUUCCUUACAAACUAGGCUCUUUCAUCAAGCUGUAAUGAUGAAGAAAACUAUUGUCCUGAUUCCCUGAAACUUAAAAGAAAAAUGAUUGGAGUGACAAGUGAGCUGAUAAAUUGAACCAAUAUUUUGUAUUUGUUUCAAAUGGCUAUCCAUAAUUAAACCACUAAUUUAGACCAGAGUUUAGAUUAAACCGACUUGACAAAAGGGGACUAAUGGGGGUGUUGCAAGAAACUUGCGAUCAAUUGCAAGUCAAUUUUCGGUCCCUAAAUCAAUCAUAUGUCUUGCAGUUAAUUGCAAAUGAGUGAUUUAUUGCUAAUAAUUGCUCCUUGGAACAAAAAUUUAAUCUGAUUUGCUACAGCUAACGUUGAUCUAUCAGUUGUAAAAUUGCAACAGAAUAUUUGCAAUUGAUCGCAAAUAUUUUCUUGCAACACCCCCUUAGACUUCUACCGACACCACUUGGAUCUUGUAGACAACCAAUUAACAAAAUUUAUACUAAUCAUUUGUGCUUAUUGCUAAAAAAAAACAUAUAAUGGCAAUUCCAGCAUUAGCCUCAUUUCAAGUUCGGUGUCACAGCUGGUGCUUGUGUAGCAUCAACUUCAACACCAAUUGUGAAAUCACCCAUUAUGUUACUUGUCAAAUUGAACAUGUUGGUGUUAACUCAAACAAGUUUGGGUGUUUCUAAACCGACUUAACAAUACGGGCCUUAGACUUCUACAGACACCAUAUAAUGACAAAAACCCAGCACUUGCCUCAUUUCAAGUUCGGUGUCACAGCUGGUGCUUGUGUGGCAUCAACUUAAACACCAACUUCAACACCAAUCGUGAAAUCGCCCAUUAUGUUACUUGUCAAAUUGAAAAUGUUGGUGUUAACUCAAACAAGUUUGGGUGUUUCUGAUUCCAGGCCCAACACCAAAUUUAGAUUUGUACAGACAAAUACUGAUCCAUUUAUUGCCAAAUCAACAUCAAGUUACAUCUAUCUGAGAUACAAACUCAUUUCAAGUUUAGUGUUACAACUGGUACUUGCGUGACAUUAACGCCUACCUAUAACAGAGCUUCUAUGAAAAUUAGUAAUGAUUUUCAUUAUUUAGUAACGAAAAUGGAGAAGAAUGCUGAUGGUUUCAUAACAAAUACAAAUUUCAUGUUUUGUCCUAUGGUAUUUCUUUGAAAAUACUGAUAUCCUCAUGAAAAUACUGAUUUUCAGAUUUUAAAAUGCUGAACUCUUCUUGUUCAGGUUGGCAGCUUUGCUAUUAAUAACCCAUUUUGUCUGGAGUUGUGAAAUUGUGCAGAUGAUAUCAUGUGGGCUGAAUGUGAACGUAAUGUUUCUAGUGUAUCUAAUCUGUUCCUGACAUGGAUUUUUAUUAUUAUUAUUUAUUUGGCCACAAAAAACAUACAAUAAUUGUACAAUGUAAAUACAAAAAUAAACUUGCUAAAUUGGGGAAAAAAUAAUUUCCAUGUAUUGUAAAUUUUAAGCACUCUUUAAAAGUCAUUUCUAUGCAAUCAUCUUUUAAAGCUUUCACUUGAUUUACAGAAUAAAUUGAGUGUGUAUAUUUGGUAAGAAGCUUUGAAGGAUAUAAAAACACAUCAUUGCCUUGUAAAUUAAUUUUUCAUUAAAAUGAUUAAAGCUAGAACAUGAGAUCAGGGCCCCCGUCUUACAACGAGUUACAGUUGAUCUAAUCAACCAAAUACACUCUAAAAAUGAAAGGUUUGAAAGGGGUAAAGCACCCAAAGGGCCUAGGAGUGAAAGUGUUUUUAUUAAGGGUGGAAAACGCUGUUACUCCUCCGCCCUUUUCCACCCUUUUGGAAAGACAGCAACCUGGGGCCUGUUGCAUAAAAGUUUUUACCUGAGAAAACUCUGGUAAAAGCUGAAAACUAAGGUUAGUCUGAUUUCUGCCAUUGACUUUUACACAGGGCAAAAACUAUGGUAAAAACAACCUGAGUUUUCUCAGGUAAAAAGUUUUAUGCAACGGGCUCCUGAAUAUCUAAAAUGCAUAUGUCUGUCAAACAUGGUUCUAAAUAUGAGCCCCGUCUUACAAAGAGUUGCGAUUGACCCAAUCAACCACAACUAUGGAAAGCCAGCAAAGUCAACAUGUAAAAUGCAGUUUUGUUCAAAAUAUUUUCUUGAUAUAAUGUAUAUUCAUGCAUUCAUUGUUUCCUUGAAAAUUCAGUGUUAUCUUAAGCAUCCAUACGAACGCAUAUGACUGUAGUCAUCAUCGCAGCAAAUGAACGACCGAUUACAUGUAGCUUGAAAAUCUCGGGCGAUUCCUAACUGACCUGAAGGUUUGCAAUUAUGAUAUCAGCAUUAGCUGCAAGAUG